CGCCCGUGGUCUCUCCCACGCUGCGUUCUCGUACCUGAUUUCGCUACAGGACGACACAGACAGACGACGGCGUUGCUGGCAACAUGGCUUCUCCUGUGUUUGAGCGAUUCUCGGCUCCCGCUCGGAUUCAGAGACUAGGCAUUUUUGCUGUUGCGACCCUUUUAUUGUUUGUCUUCUUCGAGUCGUCGUUUUUCCCGGAGGUGCCAGUGCCCAGAAUUUAUAGAGAGGCCCAGCAUUCGACCUCAGAUUACUAUCUCCAAUGGGGUCCCUUCGAGCCGAUGCAGAUUCCGGGUUUCGUCAACACUGGUAUGCCAGGCAAACGAUCUUGCGACGCACUCAAAUACAAUUCGACCGUCGGCGUCCAAAAGAGCUUCUUCUUGACGGACGACAUCCAGCAGAUUGCCAUGUCACUCGACUCGCAUCCCAUCGUCGACUACCCUGAUGAUAUGAUGAACGACCCCAAUUUGAAGGUGACUGAUAUUGUGGACAAGACUUGGGCCCGUCUGUCGGGAUCCAGUGUGUGGUUGCCGGAACAAGAAGUCUAUCUCUCGGUGACUCGAGUCAUUUUUUGCCCAACUCGAGUCCGAUCGGUACCAAAAAUGAGUUUUCUGAGAGGCCAGCUUUUGAACAAGGAUUGGGAACACCUGGACAACUACAAUAUCACCUGGGGAGAAAAGACAUUCAACUUCCCAUUGGUUUUCGACGUGCCUGCUCAGUGGGAACAAGACGGAAGUCUAUAUGGUCCCGAGGAUCCUCGAAUCAUCCUGGAGGACGGUGUUGAAGGGGCCGAACCCGUCAUAAUCUUCAACAUGAUUGGCAAAAGAUCAGAUUGGAAACGAGCCAUGUAUAUCUUUCGUCCGUUCUCUAACUUCUCGACUAUCCUCACCAUCCGCGACACCGAACGUCAAUUCACCGAAAAGAAUUGGGCACCAUUCUUUGUGCCCCAGGAAGAACCAAUUAAGCCGGUGAGCAAGAGCGCGAAACUUCUUCUCAAAGCCACGCCAGUGGUCCGCAAGGAAAAUGAGUACAUCCACUUCAUUUAUUCCUUCAAGCCUUUGAAGAUUCUCAAGUGCCACCUCCGGUGUGGAGACUGUGAGAUCGUAUAUGAGCAGGAGGUUCCGGAGAAUUUUGCAAAUCAGCAUCGAGAGGAGCACGGGAGUCUGCGUGGCGGUACGAAUUUCGUGCCUGUGCCGAUUCCGGCACACAUGAGAGUCGACCCUCGAGUAAGAGUAUAUGCGUCAUUCCCCCGAACCAACAUUGAACGGCAUUGCGAUGGAUCCUUCUAUCGACCGGAGUUCGUGGUCAUGGUCAUGAUUGGCGAUCAAUUCCACAUGGCGUUCGCUUCGGAAUCGCUCGACUUCGGGAACUCGAUCUUAGAACUAGGACCAGAAGACGAUCGCUGUGGAAAGGGCAGAAUCCUAAUUCCAAACAGUAUUGCACAUUGGGAUACUUCUGCUGGACAGGACAUCAUGAGCAUUACAUUCAGCGUCAACGACGAGACGGUUCAGGUGGCUCGAGUGGAGGGCAUCCUCAAAUUUGUGCAGAAUUUGCCUCAAUUCAAAACCCUGUUCAGCCAGGAUGGACCCUUCAAAGGUGCCGACUCCGACCUUAUGAAUAUGUUGUCUUCGUGGGUCGGGGAUGACAUCCGCGGCUGCCUGGUCGAAGCCGCUCUCAAUUACACGGAGACUGCCCAAGAAAUCACAAAUCCCAAAGAUGAAGAAGAGACAAUGGAUCCAAACAACGAAUUGUUGUACAAGAUUCAUCAGGAGGAGGAAGAGGAAGAGGAGGAGCUGGCGGAUUUCGAAGGAGAUGAUAUCUUUGAAGAGCUUAGCGAGGAUGAUGAGGAUGGAAUUCCUGAUCUUGAAGGCGAUGAAGACCUUGACCUCGAUGCAGACCCAGAGGCCGAACCCAAAGAGGACGAUAAGAAGGAGGAUGACAAAAAGGAGGAGAUUAAGAAGGAGGACGAGAAGAAGGCCGAGGACACAAAGGCAGACGAGAAGAAGGAUGAAGAGAAAAAGGAUGAAAAGAAGGUAGACGACAAAAAGGACGAGGGCAAGAAAGUGGACGAGAAGAAAAAUCAGGAUAAGAAGAAGGAAGACGAGAAAAAAGACGCUGGCAAAGCCGACGAGAAGAAAGAAGAGCCCAAGAAGGACGAUGAUAAAAAGGACGAGGACAAGAAGAAGGGUCUGAAGGAAAAGGAAAAGGACGAAAAGGAGCAACCGAAGAGAGACCUUCCUCCAACCAAACGACAUUUCACUCAACACAAUCGCCUUCACCGCUUACAUUCGUGAGCCCUUGUCGUCGCCCUGAUGGGAUUCAGCACGACUUAAUGACGACCAAGCCCACAAAGUGCAGAGCACUCGGUCCGGCGAUGAGCUACUGGAAUGCUCAGAUGAGCAAAGAUUUGAUCCAAGCCAGUGCCAGGUCGAUGUACUUGGCCUGGCCCACACGACACAGAUCUUGAGGAUCCAGCCACCGUCUCAAUACUGAGACGGAGAUUUGCACGGCACUUUCAGACGUGCACACUUGGACGAAAGGACAUCUCCUGGGUGCCACAAGGCAAGCACACAUCCUUCCGUCGACAAGAGCUGCUCGAGGAGCCUGCCACGCGGCAUAUGCCUGCGCACCAUUGUAUAUCAUAUUAACGACCUUAUUGGAUGACGGCUAAGAUAAUUGAAACCGAUGGAUGAGAGACCAACACGAAAGGUUGACUGUCGGCGUUGGCGUUAGGGAACUUGGGAUUAUGAGGCGCUUCCGAUUGUCGAUAGAGAUUUUGUGCUCUAUAACGAGCUUCAGCUGACUCGUCAGCAUAAGGACAAAGAUUUGGAAUGAGACAACAUCGACUCGCGAUCAGUCCAACACGAGAUCGUGAUGGUCAUUGAUGAUAUCCAC